AUGUCUAUUAAGCCAAUAAAAAUGCCGUCGGCGACGAAAGAAAAAGAUUCUACUAUACUUAAGAUUGCUGUUGAAAUGCUCAAUGCGCCUGAUAAGGUGCCACAGCUUAUUGAGUUUGACCAAAGUCAACCUUUAUCAAGUAUUAUUCAGUUGCUUUGUAAGCCUUGGGGUCUUCCUGAUCCAGACAACUAUGCUUUACAGUUCUCCGAAAGCAAUAAUCAAAACUAUAUAACCGAGAAGAAUCGAAACGAAAUAAAAAAUGGUUCUGUACUGCGUCUCGAACAAUCUCCAGCUAAAACAGUUCAGGAUAUUCUUGCUAAAAUUAACAAGGGAACUGAAACAGAGCAAAUCGCAGCUCUUACUAAAUUAUCAACUCUUAGCAGCGAUCUUACAUUUGCUUUGGAAUUUAUAAACAAAAAAGGACUUUCACUCAUAAUAAACAAUAUUGACAGUGGACGAUUUAAAGGGAACUCACUUAAAUAUGCUCUAGUAACUUUUGUUGAACUCAUGGAUCAUGGAAUUAUAUCUUGGGAUAUUUUAGAAAAUCUAUUUAUUAAUAAAAUAGCAAGCUUUAUCAACAAUCAGGCAAGUACACAGGACCCGAAAGUGAUUCAGUCUUGUUUAUCUAUACUUGAGAAUAUAGUCCUUAACAGUUCUGGCAAGAAUUCACAUGUGGAACAGGAAAUUACAAUACCAAGUUUAAUUUCUCAUUUACAAAAUCCAUACCAAGAUAGUGUCAUACAACAGAAUGCAAUUGCACUUAUAAAUGCUAUUUUCUCAAAAGCAGAUAAUACUAAAAAGAAAGCCAUAGGAGCAACUUUGGCAUCAAAGCAAGUUCGUAAUGUUAUAUAUGAAAAUCUUAUCGGAGCCAGUGAGUUUUCAAAAAAUACAUCAAAAGAUGCAUUAGGCACUGAGUUAGCACAUCAACUAUAUGUGUUACAAACACUAAUGCUUGGAUUACUGGAACCUAAAAUGAGGCAGCGGGCUGAUUCACAAGAACAGGAGUCCCAAGAAAAAAUAAAAGAGCUUAGAAAAAUCGCCUUUGAAAAUGACAAUAACUCCAAUAUUGAAGUUACAACCAGACGUCAAUAUGGUAGCUAUUCCAAAGAAUUCAAAAAACUUGGCUUUAAGUGUGAAAUUGAUCCAAUAAAGGAUUUUAAUGAAGUCCCACCAGGAAUCUUAGCAUUGGAUUGUAUGUUAUAUUUUGCAAGAAAUUACCCUGAAGAUUAUACUAAAAUAGUUUUAGAGAACAGUUGUAGGGCAGAUGAACAUGAAUGUCCAUUUGGGAAGACAAGUGUCGAGUUGAUAAAACAGUUAUGUGACAUAUUACAUAUAGGAGAGCCUCCUAGUGAACAAGGACAAACAUAUCAGCCUUUGUUCUUUACACAUGAUCACCCAUUUGAGGAGCUGUUCUGCAUUUGUAUAGUUCUAUUAAAUAAGACAUGGAAAGAAAUGAGAGCAACCACAGAAGAUUUCAUAAAAGUAUCUAGUGUUGUCAGAGAACAAAUAAGUAGAGCAUUAUCCCUAGCUCCAAAGGGUAUAGACAAAUUUCGCCAAAGAGUUAAUCAGUUAACUUAUUCUGAAAUAACACAAAUAUGGCUACAAGAACGCAACAAUAGGGAAGUCUGGGAAUCACAUGCUCGUCCAAUAGUAGAGUUGAAAGAGAAAAUAACACCAGAGAUUAUUGACUUAAUCCAACAACAGAGGCUUGGUGUUCUGGUAGGUGGUACCAGGUUUAAAAAAUAUUCACCAAGGGCUCAAAGGAUAAAAGACAAGUUUUGGUUUGUACGACUGUCUCCGAACCAUAAAGUUUUACACUAUGGAGAUUGUGAUGAGAAGAGUACGCCAAGCUUAGAGGAGCUUGGAAAUAAACUCGCUGUUGCAGAUAUAAAGUGUGUGGUCGUUGGCAAAGAUUGUCCACACAUGAAAGAUUUAAAAGGUAGAAAAAUAAAUCUUCAUUUGGCUUUCUCUUUGAUUCUGAAAUCAGCUGAAGUGACAUCAUUAGAUUUUGUGGCACCAGAUGAACAGAUAUUUGACUAUUGGACAGAUGGAAUAAAUGCAUUAUUAAAAGAAAAGAUGUCAAGCAAAUCAUUUGAAAGUGAUUUAGAAACACUAUUAUCAAUGGACAUAAAAGUUCGACUGUUAGAUGCUGAAGGUAUUGACAUACCACAGGACCCUCCUCAGAUACCAGAGGAGCCUGAAGACUAUGACUUUUAUUAUGAUAAUAAUUGA